CUGAACUCUUGCGGAAUUAAGUCGCACACAGAAACAAUAGGCUGGCUGCCACAGGCCGAUCUGUUGAGACAUACCAAAGCUCUAGCGCUCAUUUCUCAUGGUGGUUAUAAUAGCUUACAGGAAGUAAUCGUCGCCGGUGUUCCCCUGAUAACUGUUGCCUUGUGGGGAGAUCAACCGAGGAAUGCGAAACUUGGGGCAAAACUCGGAAUUGCCAUCAAUCUUCAGAAAAGUGACAUCAGCGCGGAUA